AUGGAGAAGCUGGGGAUUGGGAUCCUCGGGGCAGCACGGAACGUGCCCUUCUCGCUGCUGCACCCGCUUAAGAAGAACCCUGAUCUUGCAGCAAGGAUCAAAGUGGUGGGCCUGGCCUCUCUGCAGAAGUCAGAGGCGGAGGCGGCGUGCAAGGACUGGGGAAUCGAGAAGGCCUAUGCCAGCUUCGAGGAGUUGUUAGCAGACAAAGAUGUGGAAGCGGUGUAUGUCGCCUUGCCGGUGGCUGUACGCUGCCACUGGACAGUCCGCGCCAUUAUGGCCGGCAAGCACGUGCUUUGUGAGACUCCUUCGGUGCUAAAUGCCAGAGAGGCGGUGAUCACCCAGCGAGCAUCGGAGGAUGCCGGCCGAGUUCUCAUGGAGGGCACGCACCCCACAUGCCACCCGGUGACUAAGCGUGUGCGGCAGAUGAUCCUGGAGGGGAAGAUAGGAACCUUGGAGCACAUCGACCUGGGUAUGCCUGUGGGACACUCCUUGCAGGGUAAGAUGGUUUGCUCCAAGACGGGGGCCCUCAUGGGCAUCGGCGUGCACGGCGUGGCCAUCAUCCGCGCCCUUUGCAACGACGAACCCACCGUGGUCAGCGCCACUGUGCCGAGGCUGCAAGACCCAAGGAUUGUCGGGGAGGGCAGUUCCCAUUGUUCUUUUCCUUGA